AUGUCGGAAAGUAGCGAGCUUCGUCGAAUGCGAGGUUAUAUCAAGGCUAAACUUACGAGAUUGCGAUCGCGAGCGACGCAAACUAGCGAAGCGAGUAUUGAGCUAAACAAAGAGCAAGCAGAAGCAAGGUUGGAAAAACUAGAAGAAGUAUACAACGAGUUCGUAUCCAUACAGAAGCAAUUGCUCGAGAAAUCAGGUGAGCUCUCCGACGACGACGCAUUUGAAGAGGAAUGCUUCGAGGAAAGGUAUUUUGAGGUAAAGUCUAUAUUGAAAGAAUUUAUAAGACAAAAAUUAGUGGUAGAUCCCGCGCCGCCGAAUGCGGACGAGGUUACGCGACUAUUGCAACAGCAAACCGAGCUUAUGCAACAAAUGCGAUUCGAUGGUCGUGGCGAAGGUUCGACCACCGCGAUGCCGCGUAGUGAUAACGAGUCGUUGGCAGCCAUUCUUGCGCGUCAAACCGAUAUACUCGAUCGAGUAGCAAACGUCGCAGGAAUUGCUAAUGUGGAUAACAGGGUAAAAUUGCCUACCAUCAAACUUCCGAGAUUCGAUGGCAAAAUUGAAGAAUGGAAAAGCUUUUCAGAUAGUUUUCGUUCUAUCAUUCACGACAGGUCGCAAUUGUCUAACGUUGAAAAAUUUCAAUAUUUAAUUUCGGCCAUUUCCGGGGAUGCCGCUAAGAUUAUCGAGUCUAUACAGCUAACCGGUCAGAAUUAUUCCACGGCUUGGGAAUUAUUGCAAAAUCGAUAUGACGAUCCUAGAUCGCUCAAGAAAAAACAUAUUGAAUGUUUAUUUAAAAUGCCCGUUAUAGCUAAGGAGUCUGCAAAGGCUCUUCGCGAGUUAAUUGAUUAUACUUCCAGGCACCUUCGAAUGUUAAGAAUUUUAGGUUUACCCACUGAAUCUUGGGAUGAUCUCGUCAUGCACAUGAUGGAAGACAAGUUCGAUACAAAAACUCUUCGAGCAUGGGAGGAGGAAACAAAAUCUAGCGAGACAGUAAAUCUAAAUGACAUGUUAGAAUUUCUGAAAAAUAGGAGUCUCAUUUUAGAACGUAUCAAAUCGAGAGCUGCAACUAAGACAGAAAAACCUUUAAAAGGCCAGGAGCAGCAUAUAAAAGGUAGUCAGACGCAUUCUAAGUCGCAGUCGGUAAGUAAGGGUAUUGCAAAUCAAAAAACAAGUUCUUUAACCGCUUCAUUGAAUUUUGGUAAGUGUUAUCUAUGUGAUGGACUACAUUUUUUAUAUACUUGUGAGAAAUUUCUAGCUUUAACAGUGGACGACCGAAUAAAGGAAGUCAAGCGUUUAAAAUUGUGCAUUAACUGCCUCAAGAACGAUCAUUUUGUAAGGUCAUGUAAAAUGGGUCAUUGCAAAGAAUGCACAAAGAAGCAUAAUACGCUAUGUCAUCUACCACGAGUUGAUAACGAUCUUGCAAAGGCAGGAUCGCAGGACGAUGCUAAUCAAUUGGUUACUAAUGUGGCACUCAAUCAAUCACUACACAAGGUAAAAAGGCGUCGAAUUCUUAUGGCCACUGCAAUAAUGGAAGCGACACGACGCGAUGGCUCGCGAAUUUCGAUCCGUGUGCUUCUCGACAGUGCAAGCGAAGCAAACUUUCUCACUCAAGCGGCAUAUAACAAGCUAGGUUUAAAAAGAAAUAAGGCAUUCGAGGUUGUAACCGGUUUAAACGAAGUUGAGAAUAAGAUUUAUAAUAUUUGCGAGGUUCACGUGCUGUCAAAGUGUUCCAAUUUCGAGGCUAGCGUUCAAUGUCUAAUCGUACCAAAAAUUACUAAGAAUUUGCCAUCUGUAGAAAUAGAUCGUGACAAAUUAAAGAUACCAGGUAAUAUCGCAUUAGCUGAUUCAGAGUUUCACAAGAAUGGUCCAAUAGAUUUGUUGUUAGGGGCUGAAUUUUUCUUUGACAUAUUAGAGGUCGGGAAAAUUGAUCUUGGAAAAGACGAGCUAGUCUUACAAAAUACAAGGCUUGAAUGGAUAAUAGCAGGUACCGUGCCCAUGACAGCCUGUAAAAUUUCGAUUGAUGAAGGAAGAGCGAUAAGUACAUUAACUUGCUUGGUGGAAUGUAGCCAUACGUUGAGUGAACGUCUAGAAAAAUUCUGGAAAUUGGAAAAUUAUGACAGCGAUACAUCGCGAGCAUUAUCUGCGAAUGAUAAGAAAUGCGAACAAUAUUUUGAACAGACAGUUACUCGAACAAGUAGUGGUAAAUUCGUGGUAAAACUACCUUUUCGCGAUGCAAAUUUACCUAUUGGCGACAAUCGAGAAAUAGCUUUUAAGCGUUUGAUGCAUUUGGAGAAUAGAUUUAAGCGCGACGACAUUAUGCUAGAACGUUAUGUUAAAUUUAUGCGAGAGUACAUUGAUUUAGGCCACGUGUCAAUUGUGAAACCUACUCUUGGCGAAUGCAAGGGAGCGGUCUAUUUACCGCAUCAUGGAGUGCUAAAAGAAUCUAGUAGCAGUACCAAGUUACGCGUUGUAUUUGACGCAUCCGCUAAGAAUAAUAAAGGCGUGUCCUUGAAUGACGCUCUUUUAAUCGGGCCAGUUUUGCAAGAUAAUUUAAUCGAUAUAGUCAUACGAUUUAGAACGUACAAAAUCGCGUUGACCGCGGACUUACAAAAGAUGUAUCGCCAGGUGUUGGUUCAUGAGAACGAUCGUGAUUUUCAACGCAUUUUAUGGAGGUUUUCACUCGAGGAUUCUAUAGAGGAGUAUCGGCUGAAUAUCGUUACGUACGGCCAGGCUUGCGCAUCCUAUAUAGCAGUCCGAUGUUUGAGACAAUUAGCUGUAGAGGGCGAGGAGCGUUACCCUCUUGCAUCACAUACGCUAUUGCAUAAUACCUACGUAGAUGAUAUAAUCUCUGGUUCCGACACGACUGAAAGCGUUCAGGUGUUGCAAGAGCAAUUAACUGCAUUACUUCGACAAGGAGGUUUUGAGGCACACAAAUGGUGCUCAAAUUCCGUUAGCUCACUAGAGGGAGUCCCUUUCGAGCUCCGUGAACCCAAUUCAAGUUUCGAGAUUGAUGCAAAUGAUACUAUUCGAACAUUAGGGCUUGAAUGGAAUCCAAGUUUAGAUAAGUUUCAGUUCACAAUUCAAGCGAUAUGUAAUGCUUCUACGAAACGAGAGAUAUUGUCAGCAAUUACUAAGCUGUUCGAUCCUUUGGGUUUGAUAGGUCCCAUUUUAACGGUAGCCAAAAUUCUAAUGCAAAGUCUUUGGGAAACUAAAGUGGGCUGGGACGACCCAUUGCCCGACGCGAUAUUAGAUAAGUGGAAGGAAUUUCGAGAUUCCUUAAAGAAUGCUCACAAACUGUGCGUACCUAGAUUGGUUAUCGGCGUAUCCGACGAUUGUGUAUAUUCUAUGUUUGGAUUUUGCGAUGCAUCAGAGCACGCAUAUGGUGCAUGCGUGUACAUACCAUCGGUGAGUCCGUCUAGCCAGGAAACGACAGUCAAAUUAUUAUGCGCAAAGGCUAGAGUAGCUCCUUUAAAAAGGCAAUCUAUACCUAGGUUGGAACUAUGUAGCGCACUAUUAUUAGCUAAGUUAAUAGACAAUGUAAAACGCGCCAUCCACAUGGAAAUCAAUGAAAUACGAGCGUGGUCUGUUGUACUGGCUUCGCGGAGAUUUAACACGUUGGAAACCCUUUGUUUCUAA